UUUCUUCCCUUUCCUUUUCCAAACUCAACUUGUCACUUGACAAGUGGUGGCAUGUCUCUUUCGAUUAGUCACUACAUCCUUCAUAACUCUUAUAGGGCAGAAUAUGCCAAGUGUUCACCCCUCUUUUGCAGGGUGCAAAAUUUCCUUCUUUAUUAUUUUUCUAUAUCAUACAAUUUUCACCCUGUUCUCUCCACCCAAUCAAACUUGUGAUGAAAAGUUUCAUUUUAUUAAGGGAAAAGGUUCAAGUCCAAAAGCAAUCCCUUUCUGAGAAUCAAUCCUCACCCUUUUAACAAACAAUAUCCCCAAGCUUAUAAAUAUACCUCCCCACCCUACCCCACAACUUUUCUUCUAUUCCAUCCUUUCAAUUGCUUUGCUUGGGCUAUAAUACUAAGAUUCUCCCUGGUUAUAUUCUCUCUUGUUGAAGGUAAAACAAUUCUUUCUAGCAAUAAGAGAUGUGUUACCCGGGUGCAUAUUGGGUGUGUCAGUACAGCCCGGCAGGUCCUCGACGAGUAGUAGUUUCGCCGGUGACACCACCACCACCAUCGGCAGCUGUGGUAGAGGUGGCAAGACAGCAAGAAACAGUUACUACAGCUGAGGCUAAUGGUGGCAGUGGAGGAGUUGGUGGUGGAGGAAUGAGAAGAUGUGUGUGUUCACCAACGAACCACCCGGGUUCGUUCAGGUGUAGACAUCAUCAUGCAGAGUAUGAGUGGGUCGGUCGGAUGGGACACAGGCCUAGUUAGCAAGUACAUAUGUUUCAUCACCUAGCAAACAAGGAGAAACUAUAUUUUAUUUCUACUCUGUGAAUUUCCUCUUACUGUAAUGUUAUUGUAUAAAAUCAUUUAUAUGAUGAUUUUAUUUCUACUGAAUGAUUUUCCUCUUACUGUAACAUGCACCAUAAGAAUAAGAUCAAGAAACUUAUUGUAUUGGAUGAGUU